UCCAUUUAUGUAUGAGUUAGAAAAUAUAACACAUUGACUUACUAUUGAUUCUCUUUGUUUGCACUCCUAUCACACCUUACAAAAAUGGAGAAGAUUCAGCACAAUUAUGUGAAAGUACGAGGACUCAAGCUUCACUUUGCAGAGAUUGGAACAGGUCCUUUUGUAGUGUUUCUUCAUGGAUUUCCUGAGAUAUGGUACUCGUGGAGGCAUCAGAUGAUAGCAAUGGCGGAGGCGGGAUUUCGAGCCAUAGCCCCGGAUUACAGAGGCUAUGGUUUGUCUGAUAUGCCUAAAGAACCUGAGAAAACUAAAUUCAAGGACCUUGUUGAUGAUCUGCUUGACAUGCUUGAUUCAUUAGGCAUCCACCAGGUUAUUCUUGUGGGGAAGGAUUUUGGAGGUCGAGUAGCUUACCAUUUUGCACUACUACACCCUGAUAGAGUUUCAGCAGUUGCAACACUUGGAGUUCCAUUCCUUCCCACUGGUCCAGUCACAUUUCCUCGAGAUCUCAUUCCCAGAGGUUUCUAUGUGUUGAGAUGGCAGGAACCAGGGCGAGCUGAAGCGGACUUUGGCCGAUUUGAUACAAAAACAGUAGUUAAGAACAUAUAUAUUCUAUUCUCUGGAAGUGAACUGCCAAUAGCAAAGGAUGAUGAGGAAAUAAUGGACUUGGUUGAUCCUUCUACUCCAUUGCCUGCCUGGUUCACUGAAGAAGAUCUUGCAAACUAUGCAUCUCUUUAUGAAAAAUCAGGCUUCCAAACUGCACUGCAGGUGCCUUAUAGGGCUUGGCUAGAAGAAUAUGGAGUUGAAGAUCUCAAAAUCAAAGUUCCUUGUCUGCUUCUAAUGGGGGAGAAGGAUUACGCCCUUAAGUUUGGUGGAUUAGAGCACUUCAUAUCAAGUGGAAUGGUUAAAGAAUAUGUACCUAAUCUAGAAACCACAUUCUUACCAGAAGGAAGCCAUUUUGUCCAAGAACAGUUUCCUGAACAGGUCAAUCAGUUGAUCAUCACCUUCCUCAAUAAGCUCAUAUGAUGAAAAUGAAUCGAAGUAACAUAUUUUUCCACUUUGUAGUUCUCUGAAAUCUCUGAAUUAAAUAAGAUAAUUUCUCACAGUUGAAUGCUGA